CCGGAACGAUUUCUGUGUGCACAUACAUAUUAGUUCAAUCUGGAGUUUGUAUACACUGUCAUAUAUAUUUGAGUCUUGAAAAACCAAGCAAAUAGUAGGGGUGUUCUGUGGGGACUCAAAAUUGUGCUAUUGGCCUGUUUGGCCAUUUGCUCUGAAUCUGCAGAAGAGUGUGGAGACAAACUAUGCUACAACAAUGGAUAUUGUGAAGAGGAUGAUAGUGGAAAUUUAGCCUGUGAUUGUCGUGGAACUGGGUUUCGUGGAGAAGAAUGUUCAGAAGAUGAUCCGUGCAGCCCAAGUGAAUGUUACCCAGGAAUGUGUCUGUAUGAUACGUCAGAUCCUGCUGGGUUCGCGUGUAUGUGUAAUGGUACUGGUCUAAUGGGUCCUCUGUGUGAUGAAGACGACCCAUGUUCACCAAGUCCGUGUGAAAAUCGUGGACAAUGUAUUUACGAUGAAAACUCAGUGGAUGGAUAUACAUGCGACUGCCAUGGUACCGGGUUCAUGGGAGAAAAUUGUGAAAUAGAUGAUCCUUGUCAUCCAAGUCCAUGUGAAAACCGUGGGGUGUGUGUGCAGAAUGGUAAAAGUUAUAUUUGUAAGUGCAGUGGAACUGGUUUCAUGGGACCUGAUUGCGAAAUCGACGACCCCUGCUCACCCAGCCCAUGUAAGCAGGGUAAGUGUGAACGACUCGAUGAUGACGGCAACUUUCUCUGCGACUGUUCUGGCUCAGGAUACGGAGGAACCUACUGCGACAUCAAACAACCAUUUAAAAACAACGGCAAUGAUCUAUUGAAAAUGAAAAUGAAAGCUAAAAGAAACUUUUAAACAUCUAAUGGUUUUUAAAGUAUUGCAGUAUAUAAUAAAUAUAUAUAUAUAAAUAAUGGAAUGAGGGUUUACUCUCGAAAGACAUUGACUGAUCUCCUGACAUGCCCCUGGAACAAUGAUAUCAUAGUAAAAAUUUUAAUGAAAGAUU